CAAUAACCAAGAAUGAGCACUCCAAACCAUAUUUGUCUUAUCUUCAGUUACGUCUAUGACAAGAUAAGCAAGAUUCAUCCUAACAAUGUCACAGAGAGUUUGCGUUCGAUUUAGAAUAACCUGGAGCAAAUUCUUGAAUAAAUGGAUGAAGUGACUUAGAAUCUUACCUAUUCAAAUUUAAGGAUAUUAUUUGAUUGGGCAAAGGAUUGCUAAUCACUGUUGAAUAACAAUGUAUUCUACAAUUAAGAUUACUCUGAGUUGAUGUAUAAAAUCAACUAAAAUUUACUUGAACUAUUUUAAUAACUACAUAAUGCUAUUGACAGAAACUUUGUGAUACCACAAUCAACGAUGUGUAUUACUAAUGAAUUAGGCAAUAUCAUCACACACGAAGAUAAUUUUUUUGAAAUAAUGGGAUCCUCAAAUUUAGUGAAUUUUGCUUAGUUUAUCGAUGUAUAUGCCAUACCUAACUUUACUUUAAGUUCAGAGAACAUCGACAAUGCCUAAGCAACAUUCUAUAAACUCAAUUACCAUGCUUUAGAAAGAGUGUUUACAUCAGACAAUACUUUAAUUUAAAUAAAAUAAAAUGUAUCUUAGCAAAGGGAAUAAUUCUUCUAGAGAUUCCAAUUGAAUAUCUCAAUUGGAAAUUUUGAAUUCACUAAAUAUGAUGAUUAGAAUUAAUUUUUUUUUUAUGACCCCCUAUAUGCUUUGAAUGAAGACAAUAUCAAGAAGUUACUUAUAGUUUAAUUUGUGGCACUAAACUAUUAACAAUCAAUAUAAUUAGAUGAAUUUGUUCAGUCUGCUAAAUUUGCUGAUUGCAUUGAAAGAUUUUAUUAGAAAUUAAUCAGUGCAGUAUAAGAUGAAUGA